AUGGAUGAUUCCUCCAACGGGGCCGCAAUGAACGGGCAUGCUCAUUUUGAGCCUGAUAACAAUGUCCUUCAUGAGCCCAUUGCGAUAUUAGGUAUGGGCUUAAGAUUGCCUGGUAGGGUACACUCGCCCGAGUCACUGUGGGAGCUACUUGUCAAUAAGAAGGAGACCAGUGGCCCAAUACCGCCAAGUAGAUACAACACUGCCGGUUUUUAUUCGGCCUCCAAGAGACCAGGCACCAUUGUGGUUCAACGUGGACACUUUCUGGAUGAUUCAGAUGGAUUGGACCGUCUUGACACGUCAUUUUUUAGCAUGAGUAAAGCCGAAGUAGAGAAGAUGGACCCCCAACAACGCAUGCUAUUGGAAGUGGUCUGGGAAUGUAUGGAGAAUUCCGGUCAGCGGGACUGGAGAGGUUCCAACACUGGAGUCUUCGUGGGAACUUGGGGAGAUGAUUGGCUAGAUUUAUUGGCGAAAGACCCCCAGCAAACUGGAGGGAUGCUGAAUGUCUCUGGCGCAGGAGACUUUGCAAUAUCCAACCGAGUCUCAUAUGAAUACAACUUGCACGGUCCAAGUAUGACCAUCAAAACUGCCUGUGCGUCUGCCAUGAUCUGUCUCCACGAGGCCUGUCAAUCACUUCGUGAGGGUUCUUGUGACGCAGCCAUUGUUGCUGGGACGAAUCUAAUCAUCACCCCAACUUGCACGAUAGCUCAGACAGAGGCGGGUGUUAUAUCUCCAACUGGCGAAUGCCGUACAUUUGAUGCAUCGGCUAAUGGCUACGCUCGUGGUGAAGCCAUCAAUGCCAUUCUAAUCAAGAAGCUCGGUGACGCCAUACGCGACCAGGACCCGAUCCGGGCAGUCAUUCGAGGCACAGCCGUCAACUGCGAUGGGCGAAGCGCAGGCAUCAGUGCACCGAACCCCUUGGCUCAUGAAAGACUGAUCAGACGAGCCUACAAGGUUGCAGGACUAACGAAUAAUGCUGCCGACACGCCAUUUGUGGAGGUCCAUGGCACGGGAACUCCUAGUGGUGACCCCCUCGAACUGCAGGCGAUUGCUGGCAUAUUUGGAGGCGAUCAGGAAACGUAUAUAGGGAGUGUGAAAGCCAAUGUUGGUCAUGGAGAGGGAGCGUCAGGUAUCACUAGCGUAAUCAAAGCUGUGAUGAUCCUCGAACAAGGAAUCAUUCCGCCUCAGGUAAAUUUCUUUACGCCUAACCCUAAGAUUCCAUUUGAUGAAGCGCAUCUAGUCGUGCCAUUAGAGCCAACAAAAUGGCCGGCUGGCCGGCCGGAGCGCAUCAGUGUCAAUUCCUUUGGUAUCACUGGCGCAAAUGCCCAUGUCAUUAUUGAGUCCGCCGCGUCUCAUGGCAUUCAGGCUCGUCUGAACGAUUCAAUAGAGGACAGUACUGUGCCUACUCCCCCUCCCCCCAGAUUAUUGCUAUUUUCUGCAAAUACCCCGGAGUCGCUUCAGAGGAGAGCAUCAGAGCUGCAAGACUAUGCCGCGGCCCAUCCGGAGCGGAAUAAGAAUCUCUCGUAUACGCUUGGGUGUCGACGCACACAUCUCGUUUCCCGUGCAUUCUGCAUCACUGGAACCAAAAAAAUCUAUUCCAUGUCCGAGAAGCUCAAAGAGGUCCCUAAACUCAAUUUUGUUUUCACUGGUCAAGGGGCACAAUGGCCUACAAUGGGGAAAGAUCUCGUGAAGAAUUAUCCAGAAUUCAAGGAUGACCUUUCUCAUCUUGGCAAGGUUCUCGCUCGAUUACCUCAUCCACCAUCGUGGGAUUUGAUUACUGAAAUGCUCAAACCGGAAAAUGAGAGUCGCCUGAACGAAGCAGAGUUUGCUCAGCCAUUAUGCACCGCAAUACAAGUAGCCUUGGUCAAUUUUUUGGCGAAAAUAGGUAUCUUGCCAGCAGCUGUUGUUGGCCACUCCAGUGGGGAGAUAGCCGCUGCGUACGCUUCGGGUGCCAUUACAGCGGAUGAAGCCGUUACCAUUGCAUAUUAUCGAGGUCGCUGUGCACUCCGCUCCACACGUACUGGAGCUAUGGCUGCUGUCGGUAUGGGUCGAGCGGAGGCUACUCUUUACCUUGAAGACGGCGUGUCGAUUGCAUGCGAUAAUAGCCCAAACAGUGUCACCUUAUCGGGGGAUAGAGAAGCUCUAGAUACUGUUAUUGAGCAGAUGAAAGUUGAUGACCAGGAUGUCUUCGUCCGUUUACUGAAAACGGAUGGCAUGGCAUACCAUUCUCAUCACAUGCUCAAGUUGGGGUCCGAAUACGAACAACACCUACGGCCUUUAUUGAAUACCCAGACUCCAGCCAUCCCAUUCUUCUCAAGUGUGACAGGCGUGUCCACACCAGCGACAGUAUUUGGAGCCGAGUAUUGGAGACAAAAUCUGGAGUCGCCGGUCAAGUUCUUCCCUGCGGUCAAAGCGUUGAUCAGAUCACAGCAGGCAACAGAUCAUGUCUUUUUGGAAAUCGGGCCUCAUUCUGCUUUGUCAGGACCACUAAGGCAGAUUUUUCAGAAUACAGCAUCAAAAGGACGACUUAGCUAUUUGCCCACCCUCAUUCGGGGCAAGAACUCCGUGGAAAGCAUCUUGGAGACAUGCGGUCAAUUGUACUUGCAAACAGUAGAUAUUGACAUGAAACAAUUAAACCCUGGGGCAGAGGUUUUGACAGAUCUCCCAGUCUAUCCAUGGCAGCAUGAUGUCUCUCACUGGGUUGAAAAUCGAGCUUUGAAGGAAUGGAGAACCCGAAGCUUCGCGCCUCAUGAACUUCUCGGGUCGCGAAUUCUUGAAGGCAAUGACUUCGAGCCCACUUGGCGUAAUAUGCUUAACCUGAAGAACACACUCUGGCUUCAAGAUCAUAAAGUUUUCAGUGAUGUCGUAUUCCCUUGCGCUGGAUAUAUUUCCAUGGUGGGUGAGGCGAUUCGACAGCUAACAAUGGCCGACGACUUCAGCAUCCGCUAUCUUAACAUCAAAACUGCAAUGAUCUUAAAUGAUGACAAAACGGUAGAGGUGAUUACAACUUUUAAGAAAUUGAAAUUAUCAACCGCUAGUAGCUCGGAAUGGUACGAAUUUUCUAUAUAUUCGCAUAAUGGAAAUACUUGGACAAAGCAUUGCGAUGGACAGGCAAAAGGAGGUAAAAACAAUGAAAUGGCAAAGCCUCAAGUCCCUGAAAAUCCUGCCCAGCUUCCCCGUGAGAUUAACUUCCCCUAUGCCAUUUUUACCCGGAUUGGUCUGCAUUAUGGGCCAAACUUUCAGGCCCUACGGAGCGUGUCCGCAAUGCCAGGCAAGAAAGAAUCUGUCGCAUUACUAGACCCGCCACCAACGACAAGCUCGGCUUAUUCCCUCCACCCGACAACUAUUGAUCAAUGUCUUCAGCUUCUCGGGUUAGCUUCUGUAGAUGGUCGGCCCUAUUUAUUUCAAAACGCUCUUCUUCCCACUGCAGUCGAGCAGUUAUAUAUCCAGCCAGCUUCGAAAGAGCAUGCUCCAAUGCAGGCAAUGGCCAAGGCUGUUACCCUUCCUCGUAACACCGGAAACGUUCAAGGCAAUAUCACUAUAUCUAAGAAUGAUGAGGUCCUCCUCUCUAUCCAGGGAUGUAAAUUGUCUAUUUUUGAGCAGCAGGAGCAGGAUCAAAACAGUGAUGCCCGAAUCGCCGCCGCGCGAUUAAAUUGGAGACCAGAUUUGGAUUUCAUCCCUAUUGAUAGCUUGAUGACUGCUCGUGUGAAAGAUACCGAGAAACUUCGGCGCAUAGAGAUUUACUCUUUUCUUUGUAUGCUCGAGAUUCAAGAGCGAAUUCGGAGCUGUCCUUCCAAUGCGGUUCAUUUUGAGAAAUUCCGGUGCUGGAUCGAUCAGAUCAUCGAAGAAGGACACCUGGGAAAUAACGGAAUUGUUACUAACAGCAAUGAUCUUGUGAAACUUUCAGGAAACGAUCGGCUGGCGAUGAUUUCUUUGAUACGAGAACAACUCAAGGAUACCGAAUUCGAGCCCGCUGCUGAGCUUGUCACUCGUCUGCUAAAUAAUUGUGUUGGAGUGUUCAACGGAGAAACAGAAAUCCUCGACGUUUACCUGCGGGAUAACGGAUUAACGAAUUUAUAUGAUAUGAAUGGCGAUAGGAUUGAUUCUACGGAAUUUUUCGUCACCGCUGGCCAUACAAACCCUCGUAUGCGUGUCUUGGAAAUCGGGGCGGGGACUGGAGGUACCACUCUGAUAGCUUUGCAAGCACUAACCUCCCUCAAUGGAGAGCCUAUGUACGCCAACUAUACGUUCACCGAUAUCUCUUCCGGAUUUUUCUCGGCUGCCAAGGAGAGAUUCUUCGACUAUCCUGGGCUUGAGUUUAAGACUUUGGAUAUCAGUAAGGAUCCAUUGGAGCAAGGAUUCGAGCUAGAGACGUAUGACUUGAUUAUCGCCUCCAAUGUGAUUCAUGCCACGGAAACUCUGAGAACCACGCUGAGAAAUGUCCGCAAUUUGCUGAAUUCCCGUGGGAGAUUCUUCCUUCAAGAGCACACACCUUCCGUGGCGAAGAUGGUCAAUUUCAUCAUGGGGCCUUUGCCGGGUUGGUGGCUUGGAGAGGCGGACCAGCGUCCAACAGAGCCGAUAAUAUCUCCUGGGAGGUGGGAUCUGGAACUACGUAGCGCUGGAUUCUCCGGCAUUGAAUGUUUAGUACAUGACGAUCCUGACCGUAUUCAUCAUAUUGGGGUUAACAUGAUCGCCACACCUGUCCGGACCACUACCAAUUUCAGGAGUGCUACUCUGUUGCUCCGUGAAAGUCAACUUGAUUCUGAAUCAGUUAAACAUGUCAAAGAGUCACUGAGCCAGAAAGGCUAUCAUAUUGACACGUGCUUCUUGGGUAUCCAACAACCGAUUGUUUUUCAAGACAUUAUUUCACUUCUUGAGGUAGAUUCACCAUUCAUUAGCGGGUUUUCUUCCGAUGAAUUUGAGUCUCUUCGGAGGUUGAUUGGGAAUCUUGGUUCUUCUCGAUUGCUUUGGGUAAUGGGAUCUGCUCAAAUCGGAGUACAGAAUCCAGAUUACGGCUUGACUCUGGGCUUCAUGCGAAGCAUCCGAGCAGAGCUAGCUCCUGUCAUGGCCACGUUGGAAGUUGAUCAUUUAGAGCACGGAGAUGCUGAAAUAAUCGUGAAGGUCUUUGAGAAAUUCCAGGAUACAGCUUCGUCGGUGAACCCUGAGCAGGAGUACGCUUUGAAAAAUGGCAUUGUUUAUGUUGGUAGGUAUCAUUGGACACAGGUUUCGAAGGAGCUUGCGGAAUCCGAUGAUAAAUCUCAAAAACCAUUGAGACUAGAUGUGAGACGAGUUCGAGGCUUGAAGGAGAUUGUCUGGACUCCAUAUUCACCCAGACCCCUAAGUGAAAAGGAUGUUCUUAUCAUCCCUGCCUGUUCAGGCGUCUCGCUUGAGCCAGGCUCGGGAGAAGGUAACUCUUUACUUGGACUGGAGGGCUCUGGUACGGUGGCAGCCGUUGGGACCCAAGUACGGACGCUCCAGGUUGGAGAUCGGGUGAUGGGCCUCGGGCAAAGCUUCCUUUCCAGUAGAGUUACUGUUUCAGCAGUUCAGGUGACGAAAAUACCUGACUCUUUAACAUUUGAAGACGCAGCGACUAUGCCCCUGUCAUUCUGCACAGCUAUCUAUACAAUCAGGAAGGUCGCAAAUCUCCAAAAAGGACAAAGUAUUCUGAUUCACUCUGCUUGCGGUAGCAUUGGUCUAGCCGCUAUUCAGCUGUCACAGAUUGCUAGUGCUGAGAUAUUCUGCACCGUGGACAACGAUGAAUCUGCAGAAUAUCUAAUAAAUUCAUUUGAUAUCCCUCGCCAUCACAUACUAUACUCUGGAAAUACAUCUUUCUUGCCAGAGUUGAUGAGCAUGACGGCAAACUUAGGCGUGGACGUCGUUCUCAACUCACUAUCGGGCGACUUGCUUCACGCGUCAUGGAAAUGUGUUGCACCCCGAGGAAAGAUGAUUGAACUAGGGAAGCAUAACUUCGUCGGUCGCGCUCAAUUAGAUAUCGACCUAUUCGCUGGGAAUAGAAGCUUUAUCGGUGUCGAUACCAUGGCUCUCCAAGACUUAUAUGAAGGGCUCCUUAGUGAAACAAUUGGGCUCUACGCCGACGGACAUAUACAGCCUAUCAAACCCAAUUCUGUCUUUGACAGUGAUGAGAUUGAAAAGAUCUCUACCGUUAUACACCACGGUGUGACAGAAGAAAAGCUCCUUGUCAAAAUCCUGCCGACAGUUGAAGCUCUCUCUGUGUUCCCAAUGCAACCCGAAUUGAUGCUUAGAGAAGACAGGACAUAUCUCCUUGUCGGGGGUCUCGGAGGAUUAGGACAGUCCAUCUCGACUUACCUCGUCGAACAUGGUGCCCGCCACCUUCUCUACUUAUCUCGAAGAGCCGGGGAGUCCGAAAAACAUCAACGAUUCUUCCGUGAACUUGAAGUCCAGGGAUGCUCUGUUCACGUCGCAAAAGCCGAUGUCACUAACUUGGAACACGUCAAAGCAGCUGUGCAAGAAAUAAAUCUGCCCAUUGCCGGUGUUUUUCAGAUGGCGAUGGUACUAAAUGAUAGUCCAUUUAUGAGCAUGACACAUGAUGAGUGGAGCACCGCCAUCAAGCCGAAGGUCAAUGGUACUUGUAACCUUCACGAAGCCCUACGACACACGAAACUCGAUUUCUUCGUCAUCCUCGGAUCUGUAUCCGGUACGUUUGGCUUGGCUCAUCAGGCAAAUUAUUCGGCAGCAAACACCUUCCAGGAUGCCUUUGUCCAGUAUCGUCAUGCCCAAGGACUUCCUGCCUCUGUCUUGAACAUCGGCGCAAUGGCAGACGUCGGAUACGUGAGCGAGAACCGAGGAGUCGAGGACUACCUCCGCGGGGCUGGUAUGCCAUUCAUGUCUGAAGCAGACUUCUUCGAAUGCCUCCAUUUGUCUAUUUGCCAACAAUUUCCUGUUGAAGCGGGUUUUGAAGCCACUCGAGGUGGUCCAGGAAUUUACAAUAGGAGCCAGCUAACACUAGGCAUUCGUUCCACCAAGCCAAUGGACGACCCUAGCAACCGCGUACUUUGGAAGCAUGAUCGACGUGCAGACAUUUACCGGAAUAUUGAAGCUGCCCGCUUCGAAGACGGUACAGACAGAGGGGAUGGAGGCAAUGAAGACAAAAUAGCCGCUUUUAUAGCUCAGAUCCAAUCCAACACCUCCGUGUUGGAUCAACCAGAGGCCGUGGUCUUCCUCACAUAUGAGAUCGGUGUCAAUAUCUGCAAUCUCAUGCUACAACCGCUAGAGGAGCUUGACGUGACCAAGGCGCUAGUAACUCUUGGAGUAGAUUCCCUCGUGAUCGUCGAAAUCCGGAACUGGUUGCGCCAGAGACUACAGGUCGAAGCGAGUACUCUGGAAAUAUUGAACGGAGGCACGAUUGAGACUUUGGGACGGCUUGCUGUUGAACGGCUGAAGGAGAAAUAUCAGGGAAACCCAAAGACAGAAUAG